AUGUCGGAGAGAUUUGUCGCCGAUUAUAAUAACAAAAUGGUAGGGUAUUGUCAGAAGAACGAUAAUCGACCACUUAUACCAGCAUUCUACGCCGGGCGAUGCAUUCUAAUCACAGGAGGUACUGGAUUUAUGGGGAAGGUUCUGGUAGAAAGGCUUUUGUCGACAUGUCCCAAUGUCGAUAAACUGUACCUUUUGAUGCGGCAGAAAAAAGGUGUAAGUCCAGAGAAGCGACUGCAAGAACUGAAACAGUCCCAGGUGUUUGACGUAAUACGACAAUCUAACCCAUCACAGCUAGACAAGCUUUACAUUUUGCCAGGAGAUAUAACAAAGCCUGACGUGGGACUGUCUCAAGAAUCUAUUGCUAAAUUACAUGAGGUAUCCGUAGUAUUUCAUUCUGCUGCCACAUUAAAAUUUGAUGAAGCGAUGAAGACAGCUGUAGAACAAAACGUUCUGUCAGUCAUCAGACUCAUGGAUAUAUGUGACAGACUGCCCAAUAUGGAAGCUUUUAUCCACAUAUCAACAGCGUACUCAAACGCUGAACUGUCUACCAUAGAAGAACGUGUUUACCCAUCACCGGCUCCGUUAGAACAAUUGCUGGCCGUUGCAGAGUCAGUGCCAAAUGAUUUGAUGACAGACAUCACUCCCAGAUAUAUCGCUCCAAAACCCAAUACGUAUACGUUUACAAAAGCAAUGGCCGAGUAUGCGGUCACUCAGCACGGGAACAGAGGAUAUCCUAUCGCCAUAUUCAGACCCACAAUAGUGGUGUCCUCUGUGAAACAUCCAUUUCCCGGGUGGAUUGAGAACCUGAACGGUCCUAGUGGGGUGGCCGUUGCCGCUGGCAAAGGUCUGCUCCAUGUGUUUCGCUGUAACAGUACAGCAAACGCUGACAUGCUGCCCGUUGACAUAGCUAUCGACACAUUGCUGGCUGUUGCAUGGGAAACUGCCACGGAUAGAUUGCAAGAAGUGCGAGUGUACAAUUGUACUACAUCAGAAAACCCCACCACAUGGGGCGAUUUUGAGAAUGAGGUCAUGAAAAAUAUUAGACUGUACCCCAUGGAUAAAGCGUUCUGGUGGCCAUGUGGUACCGCCAUCCAUAACAAAUAUUUGCAGAAAACAUUGGAAUUGCUGUUACAAACUGUACCUUUACAUCUAACUGAAUACAUAUUUAGAGUACUGGGCAUUAAAACACAGUUAAGUCUAAUCACUGUCAGCCGUCGAUUACGAGCAAUGAAUAGUGUUUUAAAUUUCUUUGCUCUGCGGGAAUGGCGAUUCGUAAACACGAAUGUACAAAAACUUCGCGCAAGACUUACGCCUCAGGACGCCGCCAUAUAUAACUUGGAUCCGAAAAGUUUCAGCUGGGAUGAACUCUACCUAAAUUUCGCGAAAGGUGUGAGGAAGUACCUCCUUAAGGAGAAAGAUCAAGACUUAGGGGAGGCAAGACAACAUUUAAAACGAAUGUUUUACCUUCACACCAGUGUGACUCUUCUAUUGAUGGGACUGCUUAUGAGAUUCGCCUUACAAAAUAAUACAAUACAUGACUUGGUGUAUGGGAGCAUGAAAUUUAUACUUAGUAUAUUCAAUAGAUACCCUUUUAAUUGGAGUCGAAAGUUGGUGUAG